UGGAGGUAUGCCAAUGAAGAUCAUGCUCUAUGGAAGAGAAUUAUUUGUUCAAAGUAUGCUGUGGUAGGAGGCAGAUGGUUACCAUUUCUGGGAAUUGGUAACAGAGGCUCUAGGGUCUGGAUAGACAUUCUAAGCAAUGCAAAUAGUAAUCCCCAGUUAAAGGAUUUUUAUCUAUCAAAUACUGAGAUUGCUAUUGGGAAUGGGACCAGGAUUAGCUGCUGGGAGGACAGUUGGGUUGGUCAGCAGAGUUUAAAAGGGGAAUUUCCAAGACUGUUUGAGUUGUCUACAGCCUGUAGACUGCAAACGAGCCGAGAUUGCUUAAGAUUGCUUAACAUGGAAGGCCUCUUGACCAGAUUUUGUGAUUCUGAGGCUGAAACAUCAGAACAUGUGCUGUUAUUUUGCCCAGUUGUGUGGAAGGUGUGGUCCAAUCUGCUGAAGUGGUGGGGGAUACAAUGGGUUAUACCAAGAUGUAAUGGUAGUGUCGAAGGGUUGCUUAACUGGUGGGAUGGAUUCAAGUUUAAGAAAUUCUUCUGGCUGAUGUGGAAGUCUAUUCCUCUGGCCCUUAUGUGGACCAUCUGGAAAUCCAGGAAUGAGUGUGUCUUUAAAGGAGUACAACCUCAACUAAAAGAGCUGUGUAAAGUUUCAUUGUGGGCCAAGUACCAUUCUCCUAAGUGUGUAUACUCAGUUCAUGACUUGGUAUCCAACUUGCAGCAAAUUAGAGAUAAAUUGAUAGAGAAAGAAUAAAUUGUAUGUAUUAUUAUGAUUGAUUUAUUGAAUGUUAUUGAUAUUGUAUGUUACAAUGUUCAGAGAAGACUCUCCUUUAUAGGGGAGAGUGUGUACAGGGGGCCAAAAGUAGCCGAAAGAGGCAAUGCACUAAGGAACAACAUCAUGAAAGUUGGUUGGUAGACAGCUCAUAUACAACUAGCUAAUAUACUACUAAUAUAUUCUAACAGCCCCCCUCAAACUCAAGGAGGAUGGGUACUAGCCAACUUGAGUUUGGAUAGAGUAACAAAAUAGGAAAAUAGGAUAAAAGACACUGUAUGGUUGUGUCAAAUUGUUGCUGAAGACAUGGUAUGGUCGUGUCAGACCGUUGUAGGGGCUAACCGGAAUCAAUAUC